AUGGAGGCACCCGCGAGGGGCGCGCAAGGAGCCUGGUCAAGCCACCGCCGCGACCAGAAGUGGCACGACAAGCAGUAUAAGAAGGCGCACCUGGGCACGGCGCUCAAGGCCAACCCCUUUGGCGGCGCCUCGCACGCCAAGGGCAUCGUUCUCGAGAAGGUUGGAGUGGAAGCUAAGCAGCCCAAUUCUGCCAUCAGGAAGUGUGUCAGAGUCCAGCUGAUCAAGAAUGGCAAAAAAAUAACAGCUUUUGUGCCCAAUGAUGGUUGCCUGAACUUCAUUGAGGAAAACGAUGAAGUUCUGGUGGCUGGUUUUGGUCGUAAGGGUCACGCUGUGGGUGAUAUUCCUGGAGUCCGUUUCAAGGUUGUCAAGGUAGCCAAUGUUUCUCUGUUGGCCUUGUACAAGGGCAAGAAGGAGAGACCGAGAUCAUGAACUGAAAUUGAGCUGCCAAGAAUAUAAAUAAAAUUUUUGAUUGGAAAAA